UUAUAAUCCUUUUUUUAAUCAUGAAUUUUCUCAAAUACAAGAACUUUUCUGUACGCUCGCCUAACACUGAAGUGCCUCUCGGUACUGACCCAAGGACUAACGUUUUCGAGACAUUGUACAGUCAAAGUAACGACGAACUGUGGAUCGACUCGUGGCUGCAGCAAAACUGCGUUUACAGACCAAUCCCGAAAGUAAAAAUUAACAAAGGUAACAACCUAUCUAUUAACGACGCCCAGAAGUCACUGAAGGAGUGCCUCGGGCUGCUCGAUAAACUCGCAGAAACCCAACAAAAUUUACAGGACAACGUGGCUAGCAUGUCCACGACGGAAUGGAAGCAAAAAACUGUCGAGAUCGGUGUGAUAAAAGACCAGUUCACGAGACUGAUGUCUAAAUUCGAGAACAACGAAGCGAUUUUCGCUUUGAAACGGGCCGUGGAUAAAAGGAAGAAAAAACGUCUGAGAGAGAAGAAAAAAAAGGGGUUCUGGAAGCAAAAACUUAGCGAGAAGUACGAGAACAGGAGCAAACUGCACAAGAGCAUCGACGAGUGGUUGAGGGGUAUGAAGGAAGAGGUGGAAAAAGCCAAAAUGGAAGAGGACAUGCAGAAAGACGCGGAUUGUGUCUUGGCCGAGGUCACGAAGAAAAAGUCUGACGCUCGGAAACAGUUGUCUCUCGUUUCUAGCUUGACCAAGUUGAGGUCCGUUCGGGACCAGAUAGCUGGCCAGAGGGGCGAGCGGGUGUCCUUGGAGGAUCGACAGGCGUUUAAUGUUAUAACAGAAAAGUUGAUACGAAUGUGGGAAUCCUCGAUGAAAACGUACACGAUCGAGGAGCACGGCCUGCGACUGAUGAUCGAGAAGACCGCCAGCGAGGAUUCCAAGACGGCCCGCUUGGCCAAGGAGCGCAAGCUCCUCGGAGAGUGGUACCGGAUUUUUUUCGGGCUCAGGCAGGUCAUCCCGCAGGAGAAUCAAAGUUAUUGGGCUCUUACCGCUGCCGAGAGGGACACGGAAACUUUUAUAGCUAUUCGGAAAAGCUGGGACACGUUUUUGGUUUCGCCCUCGAACGAGAUGGGUUCUAAAAUACCGUUCGGCUGGGCCCUUCCCGAUGCCGCCGCUUCUGAAAAUUGGACCAAAUAUUUAACGCUUGAUUGAUUGUUAACUUUUUAUGCCUCUUUUUUUUUAAAAUGAAACAAUAAAUACGUUCUUUGCAAUAA